UCAAUAAUCAUCAAACAAGAUCCCAUCACCGAUUUUAACGUGUUAUAUCAUCGUAACUUAUUUUCACCGUUUUCUCCCCUAUUGUGUUUCAUAACUUUCAACACUUUAUUCACGUAAUCUUUAUGAUUAAGCUAUAGUUCUACUUUGUUUUCUUGUUUUGAUAGAUUUCCAUUAGAAAUAUUAGAGUAUUUCCAAAAUGCCUCAAGUUAUAAAAGAGGGUGGUAUACUACAAGAGUUCGAUAAGACGAAAUUAUUAGCUUUCCUUCAAGGAUUAUCAUUUAAUCUCGCAGCCAAAUAUUUGGAACUCGAAGAGAUUGUUGAUAAAAUCGAACAUAGCAUACCUAGUGAAAUUCAAUUAAAUGAGUUGUUCGAACUAGUUGGUGAAAGUUUAGCUGCCAAAGUUAUCUAUCAUCCUGAUUAUUCAUUAAUAGCUGGAAGAGUUAUCGCUUAUAAAUUACACAAACAGAUCAAUAGAAGCUUUAGUGAUAAUAUCAAAUAUUUAAGAAGUCAACAAAGAUACCCUUCAUUAAAACGUCAAAAUCGUGAAUAUUCAUUAAUCGCAAAACCAGUAUACGAUUUCAUAAUUGAAAAUGAAUCAUUUUUAAACUCCUUAGUGGAACCAUCUCGAGAUUAUGAUUUAAGUUAUUUUGGCCUUAAAACUUUAGAAAAAUCAUACUUAUUAAAUGUUAGUGGUCGCGUUUCCGAAACUCCUCAAUUCAUGUUUUUGAGAGUUGCCAUUGGAAUACAUCAAGAUAACCUCGAUAAUAUCGUUGAAACUUAUGAAUUAAUGUCUAAUAAGUAUUUUAUCCAUGCUUCUCCCACAUUAUUUAAUGCUGGUACCGAUUAUAAUUAUUUAUCAUCAUGUUUCCUUUUAGCAAUGGAAGAUGAUUCCAUUGAUGGUAUUUAUAAAACUUUACAUAAAUCAGCAUUGAUUUCAAAGGCUUCAGGUGGUAUUGGUUUACAUGUUCACAAUAUUCGUGCCAGUGGUGCUGUGAUCGGUAGUACCAACGGAACUUCAAGUGGUUUAGUACCUAUGUUGAAAGUGUUCAAUGAUACUGCAAGAUAUGUUGAUCAAGGUGGAAAUAAAAGACCAGGUGCUUUUGCGAUUUAUCUCGAGCCUUGGCAUAGUGAUAUUUUUGAUGUCUUAGAUUUAAGAAAGAAUCACGGUAAAGAAGAAAUGAGAGCCCGUGAUUUAUUUUAUGGAUUAUGGAUACCUGAUUUGUUCAUGAAGAGAGUUAAAGAAGAUUUAGAUUGGUCAUUAUUUUCACCAGAUGAAGCUCCCGGAUUAGCUGAUUGUCAUAGUGAUGAAUUUGUUGAAUUAUACGAAAGUUAUGAAAAGCAAGGCAUAGCUAGGAGAACAAUUAAAGCUCAAAAGUUAUGGCAUGCUAUCUUAGAAUCUCAAACUGAAACUGGUGGUCCGUAUAUGCUAUAUAAGGAUGCUUGUAAUUCUAAAUCAAACCAGAAGAAUUUGGGUACCAUUAAGUCCUCAAAUUUAUGUUGUGAAGUUGUUGAAUAUUCGUCUUCUGAAGAAACUGCAGUAUGUAAUUUAGGUUCACUUGCUUUACCAUCCUUUAUAAGAACUGUCAAUACCGAUGAAGAUGAAGAAGUUUUACAAUAUGAUUUUAAGAAAUUACAUUCUGUUGCUAAAGUCUUAACUAAGAAUCUUAAUAAAAUCAUCGAUCUCACAAAAUACCCAAUUGUAUCUUCAAGAAUUUCGAAUAAGAAACAUAGACCAAUUGCUUUAGGUGUUCAAGGAUUGGCUGAUUUGUUUCUUGAAUUAAGAUUACCAUUUGAGUCCGAGGAUGCUAAGAAGUUAAAUGUUCAAAUAUUUGAAACUAUUUAUCAUGCCGCUCUUGAAGCAUCUAUGGAAUUAGCUAUAAAAGAUGGUCCUUACGAGACAUUUGAAGGUUCUCCAGCUUCACAAGGAUUACUUCAAUUUGAUUUAUGGAACCAUAAACCUUCAAAUUUAUAUUGUGAUUGGGACGUACUCAAACAAAAGAUCAAAGUAAAUGGUCUUCGGAAUUCACUCUUGGUAGCACCAAUGCCUACCGCGUCAACAUCGCAAAUCUUAGGAUUUAAUGAGUGUUUCGAACCAUAUACUUCCAACAUAUAUAAUAGAAGAGUAUUAUCAGGAGAAUUUCAAAUUGUAAAUAAAUACUUACUAAAGGAUUUGAUUGAUUUAGGAAUUUGGAAUUCAGCAAUUAGAAAUAAAAUCAUUGUUGAUAAUGGAUCUAUACAACAUAUCCCUAAUAUUCCCCAAGAUAUAAAAGACUUGUAUAAAACAGUUUGGGAAAUAUCUCAAAAGGUUAUUGUUGAUAUGGCAGCUGAUAGAGGUAAAUUUAUUGAUCAAUCUCAAAGUAUGAAUAUUCAUUUACAAAAUCCAACCUUUGGAAAGUUAACCAGUUGUCACUUUUAUUCAUGGGAAAAAGGAUUAAAAACUGGGAUGUAUUAUUUAAGAACUCAAGCUGCUACUAGAGCUAUCCAAUUUACGGUUGACAGUGAAGAAGUGAAUAAGAUUUCCUUUGAAUCUGUUGAUCUCAAACCUUUACAAAGAAAGAAAUAUCAAGCUGUCUAUGAGGUUGAUUUACCUAAAAUGAAAUUAAGUGAAUUAAACUUCUUACCAGAAAGUAAGAGAUCAAAGCCCAACUAUUAUGCUACUCCAGAUUCAUUAACGAGAUCUCCUAUUUCAUCUCAAGAAAGUAAAGAUAAUUCAAUUGUUGAUGAUUUAGCUUAUAAUAUUUAUGAUUCUACGCCUGUUGCUUGUGAUCUCAAGUCAGAUGAUAGUAUUUGCAACUCCUGUUCGGGUUAAGUACCCCAAUACCCCAAUACCCUCAUUGUAAUUAGCCAUUAAUAUUCAUAAUAAUAUU